AUGAUUGAGGGAAGCAGAAACUCAAGCGCCGUAAAGAAGCGGCUGGUCGCCAAACCGUUGGAGGAGUGUGCGCCGCUUAACUUGUUGGGUGCGGAAGAUGUGAUGGGAGCUCUUCACACUUCUUCAGUGUCAUUCUUUACAUGGGGAAUUCUUCAGACCGUCAUCGUGCACUGCUUCGCAGGUGCGCUCUUCGGUUAUGGUAUAGGUUUUGUAGGGCCGUACUACACACUUUACAAAAUGGGAAGCGAUUGUAUGACAGUGACGACUCAAUCCACCUGCCCGAUGUUUAUCCCAGAAAAGUGUACCUGGAAGGACAAUGCAUGUAAGUUUGUCGUUGACAACUGUAGCGGACAGUUAAAGGAGGCUUGUGGCGCCAGCAGUUCCUCAAGUGUUUCUCAAACGUGCUACUGGAACCACAAAACGAACGUGUGCCAGCCGAUGGCUGGUUUUACAGCAUUACAAAACGGUAUCUUUGCUGGCGCGUUUAUUUUUGGAGGCUGCAUCGGGUCUCUCAUAUCCGCUCCUCUUCUCUCAGUGUCGGGACAUCGAAUAACCUUUCUUUUGUGUGGAUUCGUUGGUACGGUAGGGGGUGCGCUGACACACUUUGCAACUUAUACGGAUUCAUACAUGCUCUUGGUGGCGGGGCGCUUUCUUACUGGAGUUUCGGCCGGUGUACUUUGUGUGAGUUCUCCCGCGUAUGUGGAGGAAACGGCACCAAUACAACAUCGGCAGCUCGUUGGAGUUUUCUUCCAGAUUGCAUGUACGUUCGGUAUUCUCAGUGCUUCGGCCAUGGGCUUAGGUCUUGCACAGCGAAGCUUCUCCACACAACACGACAUGCAACAACGACAACAGAUGUUUUGUUUGCCAGGAACAAUCAUCGCGCUGCUCAUGAUGUUUAUUAGUGGACCCAUGAGGGAGAGCGUUGUGUGGAUGGAACAGCGCCACCUUUCCAGGCCAGGGGAGCAGGACGAUUUGGUCACCUUUGCUGAGGGCCGCGUUUCGUACGGAACAGUGAUAUCAAGUGAUCCGAAGCCUGGAUGGGGAGGUGUUAAGGGACAGCUGCUCACCGCUUUAGUUCUGUGCAUUGCACAGCAACUUACUGGCAUGAAUGCCAUUAUGAACUACGCCCCCAUUAUCACGGACAGAAUGGGCCUGGAGCCACUUUUUGGAAACUUCGUUGUUAUGGCAUGGAACUUCAUUACGGUACUUACUUCGAUUCCAAUAUCCUCCAGGGCGCAUGCGGACCGCGCUUACGUUGUGGCUCUGCUUUUGGCCUCCUUAUCGUGCUUGCUGGUGGCCGUGGCGGUGCUACCAUUUUUUGGCUUUAGUAGCAAUCUAAAAGUAAAACUGUCGGCUACCGGAAUACUGCUUUUUAUCACCUUCUUUGAGUUGGGAAUGGGAAGUUUCUUUUGGACUCUCUCGCAGGGCAUCUUCCCCCCAAACUUCCGUCACCGAGGAUCAAGUUUUACGGUGCUUGUUCAUUUUUUAAUUAACAUCGUUAUUAACGUAGGGUUUCCCCUUGCGGUGGAGUGGCUCUCGGGUGGUCCCUCAGGAAACCAAGAUGUUGGAAUGGGCAUUGCUUUCCUCUUUUUUGGUAUUGUGGGUCUCCUGUCAACUGCCUACCUGCACAGGCAUUUACGCUUAUGGCAAUCAUCUUAG